AUGGGGAGAUCUGAGCUGUGUGCUUUGCUGUUGUUACUGCUGGGACUCGCUGCACUAACUCGCCCCUCCCCACUGCACCCCAUCUGCGACACCCGAGUCAUGGAGAAAUUCAUCAAGGAGGCCAGAGACACUGAGAACGCCGUGGAAGGUUGUACAAAUUCUUGCAACUUAUCAGAAGUUCUCACGGUGCCCGACACGAAGGUUAAUUUUAAUGAGUGGAAGAAAAUGGACAGACAGACGCAGGCGGCGGAGGUGUGGGGGGGGCAGGCCCUCCUCUCAGCCGCGGUGCUCCGGGCCCGGGACCUGGUCCCCGACCCCUCCCUGAACCAGCAGCUCGGGCGCACCUACAGCAACCUGCGCAGCGUCACCCAGAUCCUGCGCAGCCACAACGCCCAGGUGGAGCCGGCCCUGCCCCCUGCCCCGCCCCCCACCCUCAGCAUCCGGACUCUGGCCAAACUCCUCAACGUCCACUCCAACUUCCUGCGGGGGCGGGUCAAGCUGUUCCUGACGGACGCCUGCCGACCCAAUGCCAGGUGA